GUCACAGAGGAGGCAAGAUGGCGGCCGCGGUCUGGCGGUUGCUGUGAGGCUCCGACGCGGAGCCGCUGUGAGGCCUCAGGCCGCGGACUCCCGUAGGGAGAAGCCUUCACCGCUAACACCCGCCUCACCCACCGUGAAACAACACCAUGUCGGCGGCCGAGGAGAGGGAGCCGCCGGCCUCGUCAGCAGCGGCCUCCGGCCCGGGCCCCGCUGACUCCCUGCACCACCACCCGGCGCCUCAGGACAGUCACCACCCGGAGCUGGAGGAGGGGCCGAGCUCCAAGAAACGGGCCCGACUCGAGGCGCCCGAGGGGGCGGCGGCCAAGGCCGGCAGCGAGAACAAGCUGGAGGAGAGGCUGUACUCGGUGCUGUGCUGCACCGUCUGCCUGGACCUGCCGAAGGCGUCAGUCUAUCAGUGCACGAACGGUCACUUGAUGUGCGCUGGCUGUUUUAUACACCUGUUGGCUGACGCCAGGCUGAAGGAGGAGCAGGCCACCUGCCCAAACUGCCGCUGUGAGAUCAGCAAGAGCCUGUGCUGCCGCAACCUGGCCGUGGAGAAGGCAGUGAGCGAGCUGCCCAGCGAGUGCGGCUUCUGCCUGAAGCAGUUCCCACGCUCCGUUCUGGAGACCCACCAGAAGGAAGAUUGCCAGGACAGGCUCACACCUGAAGGAUGGUCACAUGGGAGAGGUUUCGGAGGGCAGCGGGAACGCGCUUCCCCAGCACAGGCCAGCACCUUCAGGGUGACACAGUGCAAGUACAAGCGGAUUGGCUGCCCCUGGCUGGGACCCUACCAUGAGCUGACGGUACAUGAAGCAGAGUGUGGACAUCCGAGCAAGACAGGCAAUGAGCUGAUGGAGAUUCUGGAUGGAAUGGACCAAACACACAGGAAAGAGAUGCAGCUGUACAACAGCAUCUUCAACCUGCUGAGCUUCGAGAAGAUCGGCUACACAGAAGUGCAGUUUAGACCUUACCGGACGGAUGACUUCAUCACCCGGCUGUACUACGAGACGCCGCGCUUCACGGUGCUGAACCAGACCUGGGUGUUGAAGGCCCGAGUCAACGACUCCGAACGCAACCCCAACCUGUCCUGCAAGCGCACUCUCUCAUUCCAGCUGAUCCUGAAGAGCAAGGCAGGAUCACCCAUGGAGUGCUCUUUCCUCCUGCUCAAAGGUCCGUACGACGACGUCAAGAUCAACCCUGUCAUCUACCAUUUCGCCUUCACCAACGAGAACAAUGAGACGGAAUACAUGCCGCUGCCCAUCAUAGACUCCAUAGAGUGUAACAAGCUGCUCGCCGCCAAAAACAUUAACCUGAGGCUCUUUAUAUUUCAGAUACAGAAGUAACGGGGGAAGAGAGGGAGGGAGAGAGAGAGAGAGAGAGAGCGAGA